CGGAACUCGGGCCUCCACAACUUUCACGGCCCUGGUCCCCGAGCAGCCUGUCCGCCUCUCCACGCUAUGUCAUUACGGCCGCGGCUGUACGCUGCAGCACGGCUGCGGUCAUGGUGCUGGACAUGAGCAUUCACAGAUCUAGGCAGGCGAUGGCCUUCAUAGACCGCGCCUCGUCCUCUUCAAUUGAACGCCCGUCUCUCAAGCUUCAACGCGAUUGUCCUGUCUGUUAACCGAAGCCACCAACCUUCACAUACUCGUCUCUGCGCAUCAUUCUUUCUCAUACAGAGCUUCACCUAACCGACAUGUCAACAGCAGCCCUUAAGAUGCCCCCCUCUCGUGCUAUCGACAGCGCAAAGCAAAGCUCAGAAGCAGCUCUCGCAGACGCCUCCGCCGCCAUGAAGAACGCAGCGGAGAACCCCAAACAAGCAACACAAAGCUUCCUCCACACACCGUUCGUACGUGCAACACUGCCGUUCAUCAAUGGAGGAAUAGCAGGCAUGACCGCCACCAGUGUCAUCCAACCGGUGGACAUGGUCAAAGUAAGACUACAGCUCGCGGGAGAGGGCGUGAAAACAGGCCCGAAGCCCACCCCGGUGUCCGUGUUGAAAGACAUAGUCGCCAGCGGAAAAGUCCUCGAUCUCUACACGGGCCUCAGUGCUGGUCUUCUUCGCCAGGCUGUAUACACAACAGCCCGAAUUGGUUUCUUCGACACCUUUAUGAAAUCCCUGACUGCAUCUGCAGAGACCAAGGGCCAGAAAAUCGGGUUCAAGGAACGUGCUGGUGCGGGUCUCGCUGCAGGUGGUCUUGCAGCGGUUGUUGGGAACCCGGCGGACUUGGCCCUAAUCCGAAUGCAAUCUGACGGGCUGAAGCCUCUCGCCCAACGCGCAAACUAUACAUCUGUUAUCGACGCCCUGGUCCGUAUCUCCAAGGCAGAGGGUGUGACGCGGUUAUGGGCCGGUUGCUAUCCCACAGUUGUUCGCGCCAUGGCGCUCAACUUCGGACAGCUGGCUUUCUUUUCCGAGGCCAAGAACCAACUCAAAUCUACGUCUCUUUCGCCAAACACGCAGACGCUUACUGCGUCAGCCGUGGCUGGCUUCUUUGCGAGCUUCUUUAGCCUGCCGUUCGACUUUGUGAAGACAAGACUGCAGAAGCAGACUAGGGCCGCCGAUGGAAGCCUUCCAUACAAGGGCAUGUUCGAUUGUUUCAAGCAGGUCGCAAGAGAUGAGGGCCUUCUGCGAUUCUACAGAGGGUUCGGCACAUACUACGUGCGUAUCGCACCGCAUGCCAUGGUGACGCUUGUUGUUGCGGAUUACUUGGGCUUCAUCACCAAGUAGAUUGAACGCCGGAGUACGUACACGGUACGGAAAAUGAUGACUUCUUCAUACGACUAGGAGGGAGUUUAGGAGUUUAGGAAUUUGUAUAUGUGCGCUUUUCUAUACCUUUGAGUGCAUGUGGGGCAUCUUGAGCUUGGAUUUGGCGCUCGCGGCGCACAGCUUUUUCCUCUUUGGUCAUCGGGCAACUCGUCUCAUAGCGCUCUUGCGAGUCGAGUGUGGAUUUGGGCAUGGGCGCCUUAAAGCGCAAUUUGAUAGGACGCGAAAUGGAAAGAAUUCGCGAAUUGAAGAAAACGUGUAAGAGGAACAGUUGUCGUGCAGUCGAUUUUGGGGGUUGGAGACGCAUUGCGUUUAUUGCCAGGCUUC